GGCAAAAGGGGAUUAUUCAAAGUACCAAGAUCUUCGUCCCGGGACCGAGAGCGGGCACCCCAGGCCGGGGACACCUGCGGGGUGGCAGAAGGUGAUCGGAUUAUUCAGAUAUGAAGAUCAUCUUCUAGCUUUUGUGAAAAAGGCCCCGGAUAUUUCAAGUGGCCAUUUUGGAAUUACAAUGUUUUUGGACAGUUUUGCCCCAGAAGUUUAUUAGAAUGGAGAGAAUCGUCUCUGAAGCGAAUUGAUAGUAGUGAGAAGCUCCACAAGCUACUUGAACAGAAACCCGGCUGUCUUCAGUGUUUGGUUCAAACGAAUUACAUAACCGGUUGAAGUGUUUCAGCUGCUGGUGAUCCCCGCCCCCCCACCCCCUUGUGUCUUCAGCCCAAACUGUAAGAUAUGUUUGAUUUGUGCGCGGAGUGGUUUCGGAAGUUUCCAGUUCCUGUUUAAAUAUUGCUGAAGUUCCACGGCAGUUUAUUUUUACCCUCGUUAAGACUUUUAGGAAUUUUUGAUCUCCACCCCUUUCAUGGCAUAAUGGGACAGCUUUUCUAAAUGAAGACUUCGAAGGAGCACAGAGUUUUUUUCCUUUUAUCUUUUAUUUACGAGGAAAUUUAAGAUGUUGCCAUUUCCCAGCAGCAUGGUAGUGUCGAGAUAGCUGUCUCGAGUGCCGAUGUUCAGGAAUGCUCUUCAGAUGUGACGUUUUCUUUUCGUUUUUGCUUUUUGGCUUAUAAAUUGGAUAUUUCAUCUCGAGUGGAUAAGUACCGCAGUGACAAGUACAUGGAAUAAUCAAGAAGCCCUUACACUCCCGCAUCCAAGGACGUGGCUGGUUGCGGAGAUAGCCACAAGAACCCUCGACAGCGGAAGCAUGGGUAGCUGACUUGAAGGAGGAACUCUAUGUCAGAUAGUCGUAGGUCAAGUGUCUUUAGAGAACUUGAAUUUUAUUUCAGAGGAUACAAAAUAAAAAAACAAACUGGAAAACACAAAGAUAACGGAGGAAACCCCAACGCCUUCCUGUGCGGUCCUGCUGGAAUUUGGACUUGCCAUGAGGUGUUGAAGCCCUGUUUCAUUGAGGCGGAGAGACUGGACCUAAAUGGCGCAGCAUGACUUUGCUCCAGCCUGGCUUAAUUUUCCCACUCCACCAUCAUCAACAAAGUCUUCGUUGAAUUUCGAGAAGCAUUCUGAGAACUUUUCAUGGACAGAGAGUCGUUAUGAUGUGAAUCGUCGACGACACAACUCUUCAGAUGGCUUUGAUUCUGGUAUCGGACGUCCUAACGGAGGUAACUUUGGAAGGAAAGAGAAAAACGGAUGGCGGACACACGGAAGAAAUGGAGCUGAAAACAUAAAUCACCGGGGGGGCUACCACGGCGGGGGCGGCUCCCGUUCUCGCAGCAGCGGUUUCCAUCCUGGAAGGAGUCAAGGACUGCACGAGAACAGCGUCCCUGACAGCGACCCAGGGAGGAGAGAGGACAAGAGAGAGCGCAGGCAGUUCGAGGCGGAGGAUUUUCCAUCUUUAAAUCCUGAGUAUGAGAGAGAACCAAAUCAGAAUAAGUCUUUAGCUGCAGGUGUAUGGGGCCUACACGCCCAGGCACACACAUUCCCAACCAAAAAAUCCUCCCCAGCUCCUCUCUUAGAGUAUCCUCCGAACCCUAAAUCUAGAGCUCCAAGGAUGCUGGUCAUUAAGAAAGGGAACGCAAAAGACUUCCAGCUCUCUGGGUUCCCAGGAGUCGGAAAUCUUCCGUCACAGCCGGUUAAGAACGGGGCUGGUCCAAGUGUCUAUAAAGGGCUAGUCCCGAAGCCUGCUGCUCCACCUUCAAAACCUACACAGUGGAAAAGCCAAACUAAAGAGAAUAAAGUGGGCGCUGGUUUCUCUCAUGAAUCUACGUACAGCGUUGGCAACUUCAAUGCUUUUAAAUCAGCUGCCAAGAACUUUACCCCAUCAGCAACGUCGGUGAAAGAGUGUCGCCGCUCCAACUCCUCUUCACCCGUCGAUACACUUAGUCAGCAGCCUCGUCUCACCAAGCUGACGCGGACGCGCACGGACAAGAAGAGUGAGUUCCUGAAGGCCCUGAAGAGGGACCGCGUGGAAGAGGAGCACGAGGACGAGAGCCGCGCUGGCUCCGAGAAGGACGACGACCCGUUUAACCUGCAUAACAGCAACAGUGCUCACCCAGAGAGGGACAUAAACCGGAACUUCGAUGACAACGAAAUCCCGCAGGAGAACGGCAACGCCGUGGUGGUCUCCCAGCAGGUCGUUCGCUCCUCCACCUUUCCUCAGACCGACGUGCUUUCCAGUUCACUUGAGGCGGAGCACAGGCUGUUGAAGGAGAUGGGCUGGCAAGAAGACAGCGAGAACGACGAGACCUGCGCCCCCUUAACUGAGGAUGAGAUGCGGGAGUUCCGGGUCAUCAGUGAGCAGCUACGGAAAAAUGGUCUGAGGAAAAACGGGAUUUUGAAAAACGGCCUGAUCUGUGACUUCAAAUUUGGACCCUGGAAAAACUGCGCUUUCCGGCCCCCGACGGAGAACGAGGACUCGGAGACGAGCAGCAGCGACACGUCGGACGACGACGACGUGUGAGCCUCCCGCCCGGGGCGUGGGCGGGUCGCAGGGCGGAGAACUGUACCUUACGUAGUGAGACACCCCAGUAGAAGACACUUUGGGGGGGACUUCGGUGCGAAGAAAACCACGACUGUCGUGUCGGGCUGUGUCGAACAUGACUCUCUGUAAGUGGCUGUUGUAGGAGUGAGGACUCCGGCUGGGCCAGCGCUGGCCCUCCGUCACCGCAGCGUUUCUCUGACUAGCAAUGUGACGAUGUAACAGAUGAGAUUUUCUCAUUUAAUAAUAAAAAAUUGUGUAAUGUUUUGCAAA